UAUUUCCAUGGCGAAGUAGAAAAACACUCAUACCUUGUUUACAGGAGAGACCCAACAAGACAUACAACUUUACCCGCGCCGUUUGGGAUUUUGUAUUUUACGGUCCUGAUUUUUCUACCAAUGUAGCCGAUGAGAGCCGGGAAGAAAUGGGAAAGAAACAAGACAUGUCAACGUUGAUUCAAAUGGUUAAAGAACUGCAAAGGCAGAAUGCUGUUUUGCAAAAUAAAAUGUUAGAGAUUCAAAACGAGUUUACAAUGGAAAGGAAUCGUAGAUCAAUCGAGUAUGUCCGAAUGAGUCAAGAUAAACAAAACGCUACUACUCAAUUUCGAGGUUACAGUGAGAGCAUAGAAACCUUUAAUCCAGAGGAGACAAGAGCUGAGUCUAAGCGAAAGGCUUGGGAAAAGUACAAAACGAUCAUAAGAAAUUCAGUGUACCGAAUUCAAGUGACUAUGGCGUCGGUGAUGAUUUGAAGUAUUCUGAAGGAGAUUUUGACGAAGAGAGAA